CCAGCACAGCCACAGUCCCCGCUCCACUCCGGGGCCGGCAGAGCAGCCAUGGCAGAGGAGCACAGCGAGCUGGAGGAGAGGAUCAUCAUCAAGGACCAGCACACCAAGGAGAUCGACCUGGUCAACAGAGACCCCAAGCACAUCAACGAGGACGUCGUGAAGGUGGAUUUUGAGGAUGUGAUAGCUGAGCCUGUGGGAACAUACAGCUUCGACGGCGUCUGGAAAACCAGCUACACCACCUUCACCGUCAGCAAGUACUGGUGCUACCGGCUGCUCUCUGCCGUCCUGGGCAUCCCCCUGGCCGUCGUCUGGGGCUUCCUCUUUGCCCUCAUCUCCUUCUGCCACAUCUGGGCAGUGGUGCCCUGCAUCAAGAGCUACCUGAUAGAGAUCCAGUGUGUCAGCCGGAUCUACUCCCUCUGCAUCCACACCUUCUGUGACCCCCUCUUUGAGGCACUCUCCAAGAUCUGCAGCAACAUCCGAGUUGCUCUCCGGAAGGAGAUUUAGGUCCUGACAGCUGCCCCAGCAGCCCUUGCACAACCCCCUCUAUGCAGGCUCCCUGCCCUCGGGCAGGUGGACACUGCACACACGGACACCCCUGCCUGGUGAGGGACCUGCACAUGGACACCCCUGAUAAGGGAACUGGGCAUCACAGCAGGACCCCACAGCAGAGCUGGCUCUCAGGGAUGCUCUCUGCAGAUGGAGGCAGGCCCCGAGGCUGCUCCUUACUCCAUCCCAAAGCCAGAAGCCCAUCAUGGCUCAGGGAGCAGCCCAGACAGACCCUCUGCCCUCCAGGACCCCUGGGAGUUCCUGUGGGAGAGACGGCAGCACCUCCUGGACCACAGCCCUGGGCCACAGCCUGCAGGUGCAGGGCAAGCAGUGAGGCUGCAGAGCUGCUGCUGGCCACCAACUAAACCCUGCCUGCUCCUCCAUCCCUUCAGGCUGGGAAGGCACUGACAGAAAUUCCCUCACAGGAGUUGCUAUUUGUGGCAAACAACUGCUGUUGUGGGAGCUUCUGCAUUAAACUGCUGCACAAAACUUUUAGGGAUAGAAUAGCUAAACCAAACUUUUUUCAUGUGUACUUGCAUUUCAGCCAAGCUGUGAGAGCCAGACCAGGCCAUGCAUGACGUGUUGUGUCUGCUCUGAGAGUGUGAGCUGAUCCUGGGCCACCGCCAGCUGCAAACCCGCUCGUGGCACUUUGAUGCUCAGUUAUGCACUUAAUUGUGGAGCAUCGCUCAGUGCCAUGGGCAGGACACAGGGCAGGACAGCGCGGGUGGGACCCAGCCCUGUGCAUGGCCCUGAGCGCUGGGGCUGCAGGAGGGCAGGGGGGACACAGAGCCUGGGGAACCUCGCUUGAGCUGGGCUCUAAGCAAAGCUUGGGUUCGUUCUGCAGGGACAAUCCUCACUACACAAUUGCUCAGUCGCUGCCGAGUUUGCUCCAGCCACAGCAGCGUGUGCAUCCCACACGGGCAGCGCUGUCCCUCCACUGCGUCCUGGGAUGGAGCGAGGAGGCUGCGGGAGGGGCAGGACCGCACCGACCCUCGGGCUCUGCCCGGCAGGGGGGACUCACACCCAGCCAGGCCCUCCCUCAGCAUCCCGGGGUCGCCCUGAUGGGUGGGGAGAGCAGAGGAAGAAGCCUCUGCCGGGACCCUGCUGCUCUGGCUCCAGGGAAAGAGGAGUGAGGGGCGAGAGGGCCGAUUCAGAGCUAUUUCCUCCCCUGUAUUGUCAAUUAAUUUGCCGGUCCCUCUUCCACGGAGCUGCACUUUCACUUUGAGGCCCUUGAAUACUCUUUUGGCUCCAGCCUUAAGUGCUUUGCUGAACCAGGGUCCAGGAGGUCUCGUUGUUCAGAGGCUGUUCUCAAUUGUGUCCAUGUGCGCCUUUCCCUUGGCUUCCAGCAAAGACUUGGAGCCAAAGGUUCCUCUAGUGCCAUGCCAAGGACGAGAGGGAGCCAGGUUUUCUACUGGAGCUCUUCCAAGGGCUUGGGAUUGCAUACUGCUGUUACUCCAUAGCAAUGUGGUACCCAAGCUCCUGCAACAUCAGGGCCCAAGAAGGAUGGAGUGAUUAAAAAGAAAAAUAUAUUUAGGUAUUUAUAGGGGGAAAAAAGUCUCAAAAAACACUUCACCAUGAGCAUUUUUUGUGGGAAUAAAAAUAAUUAAAAUCAAUUGUA